AUGCCAUCUAUGAUGGUGUCCUUAAAUGAUUGCGACACAUUCUCUGACACAUAUGGUUGCAUUUUCAAUGCCUGUCUGGGUUAUCAGUCACCCUUUCCAAUUGUACGUUUUGGGGACCGAUUAGACUCGGCAAAUGAAAUAAAGGCAGUGGCCAUGGUAAGGCAUUCUGGAGUGAAGGAAUCUCUUGCAUGGCGACUGUUAGGUCUUGAUAUUUUGAAAAGGAAAUCCUGUUCUUCAUUUGAACAAUUACUUUCAACGCGGAGUAAGUUUCUAGAACUGAAGAACGAAAGCCAAAAGUUUUUCCGUAAUAUCGACCAGUGGAAACAGGUUACAGGAAUAGCGUUCCGAACCCAUACAAGCAGCUUUUCUGCAAGUUUUUAUCAUCAACCACGACAGUUCUCCUUGAACGCGAAUCACAUAGUGGUUAAGGGAAUCCAGUCCCUUUCAUUCACGUAUAGCGAUUGGGUGUGGUGCGCAGGCAGCGAUGAUCCUCUCACUGUCUUUUCGCUUAAUAUCGAGCACUUGUUUUCUGAAACAACAACAAAAACGGACUUUAGUGUAGAAUUGCCCUCAGUUGGAAAUUGUAAUAUCAUGAGUGCAACGGGAUCGACUGCCAUUGUUUUCCAUGAAGGCGGAAUAUACACCAUAGAUAAGCGAAAUGAGAAGAAACCUUGGGUACAGCGUUAUAUAGAGCAAGAUCAGAUUUGCAGUGGGGGAAUAUCUGGAGGGCAGUAUUUGGUGUGCUCGACGAAAUCAGAGGAACUUCUUGUGUUCGAUCGUCGGAAAAUGGCGGAGCCUCUGCUGCGACGAGGUUUUGGUGCUGCUGUAUCAGUCAGAUCACAUAGUAAAGACAAUGUUGCUCUUCUUGUCACGCGAAACCAAGUUGGCGUACUCGAUGUGGUUUCACUUGAAACUUUAGGAUCUGUUCAAGCUACGGAUGGGGACAUUCUAGACGCAACUGUUUUUCAGUGUACGCCUCAAGCUGUGCAACUAUGCAUAACCGAAUCCAAUGGCAUGUUAUAUGAAUGGUCUAUGACACACUGAAGGGUCAGCCUUUCAGGCAGACUUCAUUUUUCGAAAUAUUAUCGCCUUGAACCAGUGAGAUAUAUGCACAUAUAUAUAUAUAUCUAUAUAUAUAUAUUUAUUUAUUUUUGUAUCUAGAAUCUCACUACUCUCAAUAUUUGUGCUGUUUUCACAUUAUCUUAACUAAGGUCAUAAAGACAAGACUGAGAAUUGAAAAUGAUUCAAAAUAAUUGCAAAUUAAUAAUAAAAAAAAAUGUUCAAUCAGGUCACUAGCAAUCAAUAUUUGAUGCCGCAUUAACUAAAUUAGUAACUUUGGCAAGUGCACAGAUCACCAUAAGUGGUGAAUAAAAAUUUCUGCUCCGUAUCACCAAGCGCAUGGAUGUCCAUUUUUUUCACAGGCUGGUGAUAUUAUCAUUUUUUGUUUCCACCGAGGUGAAAAAUUUGUACUGACUAAAGUGUGUUACCAGACAUGAUCUCAUUUCUCAAAAUUAUACACUAAACGCGUUUUCUCCUUUCACAUUGUACACUUGGCUCCUAGGAUAAGUUUUUAUACCUUUAUCCCUUUAAUGUAUUCAAAGCCUCUCUUUUUGUUUAUUGCUUUCUACUUAAGCAUAGAAGGACGAUGAAAAGUAUAUCUAGACAUUGUCGCAUACGCUCUAUAUAUUUUCUUCAGUUGACAUGUUGCUGUCGCUAUAAUUUACCCUCCUAAAAUUCCAUGAAUAAACACUGCGUUAACGUCAAGAAAAUAAAAACGCGGCAGUUUAUUUUCAAUCUUGCUUAGUGCUAUAUAUAUUCCACACAAUAUUGUGUGAUGUUAUAUUGCUAGUAGUCUUACAAUCCUUUUCAAAGGUAUCCCUUUGAUGUAUUUAAAUUAAAUAAA